CACUCACAAUGAUUUCAAAUCUCUAUGCAACUCGUGAAAAAGACAUGGAAAAGAACCUCCAUUCCCUUGUGAAAAGGUUUGAAAAAGUAGCAAAUAGACUGGAAAAGGUUUUAGGAAUUGCUAUAGAGGCAGAAGAAGGUUCUAGAGAUGAGGAGAAGAGUGUUGAAGCAGAGUUUAACGCGUUUUUUAUUCCAAUUAUGAAGGAAUAUCUUUGUUUUAGUGAAAAAUUAGAUGAGAAAGUGAUGGAGCAGGCACAAUGUGUUAUGGAGGCAUUUGAAAUGCACGGAGAAUUUAUUAAGAAAGGAACAUGUAUGGAAAAGCCGGAUUUUUCAUCGACAGAAUUUCAGACGUUAAUUAAGCCUCUUCAACAUAAGAUUGAUGAGGUAGUUAGUAUUCGGGAUAAGAAUCGUGGGUCAGAAAUGUUUAAUCAUCUUUCUAUGGUUAGUGAAGGGAUUGCAGCUCUUGGAUGGAUUAUGGUAGAACCGACACCAGUGCUUUAUAUUGGGGAUAUGAAAGAUAGUGCACAAUUUUAUGCAAAUAGAAUUCUUAAAGAAAAAGGAACAGUAGAUACGAAAUGGGUAUAUUCAUUUAUUAAUUUAUUAACUGAAUUACAAUCGUAUGUUAAAACGUACUACAAUGAAGGAUUUUUAUGGAAUUCAAAUAAAACAAAUAUAAAAGACGAUGAAGGGGCUCAUAAUAGUACAGUCAAGACAGAAGGAGAAGAAGAAGCAGUUUCACAGGAUCAUAUAGCGAAAAUUGAAGCUAAAGGAUCGACUAGUAUUGAAUCAGUUUUUUCAGAGCUUAAUAUGGGCGAGUCUAUUACGAAAAAAUUGCGUAAAGUCGAUAAAAGUCAGAUAACACAAGAAUGCCCAUCUUAUCAGAAACAAUUGCCAGUUCCUUCUAAUGAUCGAUUACCCCAAAUUUCGACAGCAGAGGAAAAAAAACCCAAGUUGCCAUGUAAAAAAGAACUUGUGGGUUCACGCUGGAAUAUUGAAAAUUUUGAAGAUAACCAAAAUAUUGUCAUUAAUGAACUUGAAACGAAUCAAACAAUCUAUAUUUUCAAUUGCAAAAGAUGUACAAUCCAUCUUAAAGGAAAAGCAAAUACAGUCUAUAUAGAUCAAUUGUUCAAUUGCGGAUUAAUAAUAGAUACACUUAUUUCAGGUAUUGAGCUUACUCGAUCCACAUCGCUUGAAAUUCAGAUUUCGGGCUAUACCCCAAUAAUAACACUCGAUCAAUGUGAUAAUAGCCAAAUCUAUCUUUCUCCAAAAUGCUUAAGCAUUGAAAUUAUAACUAGCAAGUCUAGCAGUAUUAAUGUUCAUGCUCUAGAGGAAGAAAAUGGCGAUUAUGUAGAACAUCAUAUACCAGAGAUGCUUAAGAGCACAUUUACGAAUGGAAAACUUGUAACCGGCUUUGUUGAACAUUUAGGUUAAUGUCUAUAAUUAUUGCACGUUAUAUUUCUUUUGCGUCUUUUUAUAU